AUGGAGAGAACCCAAUACCCAAAUUUCUGUGCCACCAUCCUCCAGGCUAUUCAAGCCUUGCGCAAGCUGCCCAAGUCCAAGCCCUGGCAGCUUGCGCUGCACGCCAUCGACGAUCAUCAUCUCCUCGAGUACUUUAUGGCGUACACACCGGAUCCCGUGAAGAAAAUCCUCAAUCAAGCCCCCAACAUGGGACGGUUUGAUGUCUUUGACUCCAGUAUGAGAGGACACUUUUGGCCCGGUUAUGACAGGCUGCCGUGGAAGCAUAUCCAUCAAUUCCUCUAUUGUGGUUCCGCGACAUCGACAGCUGGAGGCCUUGCUGUACGCAAACUCCAGCACCUCCACCCCAACAACUGUACUUUUCUGGAAGCAAGCCCAUACGGGCGGAGAGUCUACCUGCGACACAAUCGCGCGCGACUUCUGAACGAACUCAAUAGCUCUGAGCUCAUCGUUAAACUGCGAAAUCCCAUGCCUCCCAUGGACGAACGAGAAAAUCGCGUUGGAAGAAAGCGGUUGAAAACCCCCCUACGCCGCGCAAACCGAGUCCAAGACGUCAAAAAAAAAAAAAAAAAAAAAAAAAAAAAAAAAAAAAAGAACGAGCAGCGGAAAAUACGACAGGUAAUCGACCGUCACCAGCAGUUGAAGGCAAUUCUCGACAUGAGGGUUAGCCGUGCAAAGAGAGAGAGCUUGCCAAACUUGACGACGAGGAGGACGAUUCGGACUUCGAUUGUGAAUUGCCAACUGAGGUGGAAUGAAGAAGCAAGCGAUGAGGCAUCACUUCACGGCUCCGAAUUGGAAGACGAAGCAGAAACUAGCGAUAUGCAGAUGCUGACGGAGGGACCCGAGGGCCACUCCGAGAUGGGGCUUCAACUUGAAGAUUAUGAGGCUCAGGAGUUCAAAGAGGGAUCUGCUAUCGGCUCUGGCAUGGAUGUGGACGGGGACGAGAAUGGAGGAGGGCUCACGUUCGAAGAGGCCUUCGCCGAAGACUCCGAUCUGGAUCUGGAGGACGACGACGAUGAUGACGAGGAGUUUCUGGAGAUGCUCCAAGGGCUGUAG